AUGUCUUCUUCAAACAGACACUGGCCUAGCUUGUUCAAAUCCAAGCCCACUUCCAACUCCAGCCCUAAUCAAUCCCACCAUGAUCAUCAUCACCUAACAGGAAAUCCCUACACACAAGACGAGGAAAGAAGCCCCGACCCAAAACCGCGGUGGAACCCUAGGCCGGAGCAAAUCCGGAUCCUCGAAGGGAUCUUCAACUCGGGCACGGUGAAUCCACCCCGAGACGAGAUCAGGCGAAUUAGGGCUCAGCUCCAAGAAUUCGGCAACGUAGGCGACGCUAACGUCUUCUAUUGGUUCCAAAACCGGAAAUCGAGGAGCAAGCACAAGCUCCGCCACCUCCAAACCGCCACGCCCCGCCCUUGCCUCUCGUCGUCGUCGUCUGAUAAGUCCGCUCCUAGCUGCUGCAAUUCAAGCGAGAAGCCCUUACCUCUCACCUCCUCUACUUUCAUUGAUCUGCUCAAUUCUCCGACCGCGUCGGUGAAUCAGCCGUUUCUGCCCGGCCCGAGCCAGUUUGGACCCGAGCCGUUGCUGUUUUCCGGGCAGGAGAGUUCGGCUCACGGAAUUUGCUUUCCUGAUUUGUCUCCAAAGGUUGGGGAUUGCUCCGAUGCUUUGCUCGAUGGUCUAAUGCCGGUGGGCCAUGGCCGUACGAGGAAAGACGACCAUCAGAAGUCGAAACUUGGCUAUGCCGUUGAGGAUCUCAGUGCUCCAUACCCAAUUUCUCAAGGAGUACCCUUUAAUGUUAGGGAAACAUUUGGAAACAAUGUCGUUUUGAUACAAGCCUUGGGGCAGCCGGUUCCUACAGACGAAUGGGGCGUGACCCGGCAGCCCCUCCAGCAUGGUGGUUUCUACUACCUCCUCCGGUCACCUGCGCCGCCUCCAGACCACAGGACCAUUGAUUUGUUUUAG